UGUUCUUAAUACGUCCUUGCUCUCCUUGGAGUCGUACACAGCGACAUCUCAUGCCAUUCUACAGCUGAGUGUUCAUUCUCUCCACCUGCUGCGUUAUCUUCCUGAGGAGAAAGUCCCCAAAUGGAGAUUUUCGUUUCUGCAGUUCUGAGUGAGCUGAGUACUAGAUCCAUAAAUUUCUUCAUCAGCAGAAGCUCCAAGCCGACGACGUUGGAGGUGGAGGAUCGCCUCCGCAGGGUCCUGCUCCGAGCACAGGUCAUUGUCGACGAGGCCAUGGGGCGGCACAUCACAAACCAAGCUAUGCUCCUCCAGCUGGACAUGCUGAGAUGCGCCAUGUACCGAGGAUAUUACGUGCUUGACACCUUCAGAUACCAAUCUCAUGACAAGGAGGACGCCAAAGAUCAGGUCGUGAGUCACUCUUCGUCUCUGUCUAAAGUAAAUUCUCUGAAGGGUUUCUGUUUCUCCAGUAGAAAAACGCAGAUUUUGGAACAACUGCAAGAGUUGUUUGACUAUUUGAGCUCCAUGAUCCAUGAUAUGGAAGAGUUGGUCGCGUUCUUGACGAGCUACCCUCGCCUGUACUGCCAUCCUUAUAGCAUGCAUCUCCUGCUAGGCAACUGCAUGUAUGGCCGCCAGAUGGAAGCAGCACUUGUCGUCAACUUCUUGUUGCAAACACAACCUCAUGGUGCUGAAGAAUUGGAGGUCCUGCCAAUUGUCGGUCCCGGCAAAGUCGGCAAGAGCACCCUUGUCGCUCAUGUUUGCAAGGAUGAAAGAAUCCGGGAUCGUUUCUCACAAAUCUUGUUCUUGAGUGGCGGUGGCUUUACAGAUGAUGAGCUAGCUACUUUCGGAGAAGGAUGUGCAGUGAAACAUAAUAAUCGUGUUUCGGACUCGAACAAAGACGAGAGAUUGCUAGUUGUUGUUGAGUUAGUUGGGGAUAUCAAUGAAGAUUCAUGGAGUAGGUUGUAUUCUGCUUCUAAACGGUGUCUGCCAAGUGGUAGUAAAAUCAUAGUCACAAGCCGGUCUGAUAAGAUAGUAAAGUUUGGAACAACACGAGCUUUAACUCUGAAGUAUCUAUCCCAUGAGGCUUACUGGUAUUUCUUCAAGACACUUACAUUUGGAAGCAUCGAUCCUGAGAUGCACCCGAGGCUCGCGCACCUGGCCAUGGAGAUAGCCAAGAUGCUGAAUGGUUCCUUCAAUGGCGCAAACGUCACCUCUGGUUUGCUGAGGGACAACUUUGACAUCCACUAUUGGUCCAAGGUUCUGACCUUCUUGAGAGGGUUCAUCCAAAAAUCUCUCUCCAAAUUUGGUGAGCAUCCAUUUGAUCUUCUGAACCAAAAUAGACCCGCACGUCUUGGAAGAAUAGCAAAACCUUCCGAAGAUUUCAUGGUUUCUUAUCAGUAUCAGUGCUCUUCAGAAGAGGAGUUUCCGAAGAUAAGAAUCCAAGAUAUUAUGUAUGGAAGCGUUAAGCCUAAUGGGAAUGUUGAGGUCCUAGUAUGGAAGUCUCGGAUACCCCCCUACUAUAGUUAUGUCUGUAAUUGUAAGAUUAUAGAGCUAAAAACUACAGCUGCCAAGAGGAAGCGUUCUAUGAAAAAUGGAGUUGCACUUUGUUAGUUUUGUCAUUAUCUAUCUUAUAUAGGAGGAUAUCUGAAUAUGUUUGAUAGGGUGUCACAAGUUACUGCAUAGUCAUGAUAGGAUGUCGCAAGUUACAACAUUGUGAUACUGUACUACUACAUUGUCAUAUGCAAAGUUAUCAGCUUCUUGUUGCAAGGCAAGCAGAACCUCAUGGUUUAAGAGGAUUCAGAUUCCUACCAAUCACUGGUCCAGAUAGAUUUGGGAAGAGAUAUUGAGUUAGGUGAACUGAAUGGUUUCGCUUUCAUGUGAUUGUAGCUGUAUUUACUUGAUCUUUCUAUCUUUCAAGUACCUGUACUAUGAUAGUGCAGCAGGUUGAUUCAAUAUGAUGCCUGCUCUGUUUCCCUGUGUGUACUUGUAUUACUUGAUCUUGCUAUCUUUCAUCUGAGUGUGUAAUUCCAUUGUCUCCGUACGGGUGUGAUUUCCCUAGUGUUCUUUGUAAGCUCUCUCUGCUGGAUGCUAAAAUGUGCAAGAUGCUAAAAUUUAUUUAAUGGUUACAGCAAAAUUACAUGACCUUCACCCACAAAUUGAGGCAACUUAAUCAGU